AAAACGAGACUCAAGACAAGACAAGACAGUUGUCCAUUUGACAAGGUGUUGAUUCGGUGUGUAAUGUGCGCAUGCGCGGCUGUCAUUUAAUUUUAAUUUACUGGUGUUUUCCCGCGGAAAAUAACAAGUACAUAUUAAUGAAAAAAGGCAGUUCUUAAAAAUUGUGAGAAUAUGUUUGAAGUUUUGUAAACAGAAAGUGUGUUGGAAUUCUAUACAUAAACAUUGAUCAAGUUUCGUUCCCAUCAUUUGUUAUUCGUUUUAUCGAAUUCAUGAAUAUUUUUGAGUUUUGUGAGUGAAGAUUUAUGUUUAUUGGAUUCCAAAUUGAGUGGUACAAAACCAGGCAAUUAUGAGACCAACACCGCUUAGCAAUGGCUCGUCAAUCUGACAGUGACGUAAAAUCCAAGAUGGCGCUAGUGACAUUAGUGUGUGUGUUCAGUGCGUUUGUGUGCGUUAGUGGGCACGUGGCCCUGACGUAUCCACCGGCUAGGAAGUAUGAUUUGGACUUUCUAGACAAUUCUAGAACGAAACCGCCAUGUGGAAUGCCUAAAGGAUCAAUAAAAACAUCAUUUCUCGCUGGAUCAACGUUUACAGUACACUGGCAUUUAGCGUAUGCUCACAAAGGUGGAUUUUCAUUGAGGAUAUUAGAUUAUUUAGAACGACCGCUUUUGGAUCUUACGCCCAGAGCUGGCGGCUCGGAAUUCGUGCGGGAUGACAUUACUGCCCAAAGCUACGAAGUGCAUCUACCAAGUGAUUUCACAUGCGAAAACUGCACUCUGCAGCUGCAACGUGAGGCGGACGAGUGGGGAUCCAAGUACCGCUUCUGGUCGUGCGCCGAUAUCGAUAUAGUGCAACGCAAGGAGUACCACGAGAGCUGCUCGGGCAAGGGCUUCCACAUCCUGGGGCGCUGCAAGUGCAACAAGCUGCACAGCGGCGCGCGCUGCCAGUUCGCGGACGAGUGCGCGGACGACGCGGACUGCGGCCUGCGCGGCAAGUGCGUGCCCGCGGCGCCGCCGGCCGCGCGCCUCUGCUACUGCCCGCACGGCUUCUACGGGAAGGGCUGCAACAAGAAGGCACCAUGGAAAGAAAAGACGAUAAACCUUGGCCUCUACAGUAAGAGGGAACUGUCUAAAGACUUCUCGUUAUAUUGGCGAGUCAUCAGAGACAUGCAGGAGGUGGAGUUUGUGAUGAUCGUCAAUGGGACAUCGUAUGCUGCUAUCGGUUGGCGUCCUAAAGGAUUGAAAAAGGAAUGUAAGAAUUUCCCUGUUCUGGGAGCUCCUCUCGAGAAACCAACAACAUCAAAACCAGAACCGUUACAUAAACCUGAACCAAAAUCAGAGAGUAAAAACAAGUCGGACCCUCAACCAGAACCAGAACCAGAACCGAAGUCAGAACCUAAGUCAGAACCUCAGCCGGAACCACAACCAGAACCCAAAGCAGAACCAGAGCCUGAGCCGGAACCUAAGUCAGAACCUCAGCCAGAACCUACAGCGGAACCAGAACCUCAGUCAGAACCUGAGCCAGAACCAGAACCGAAAUCAGAACCGCAAGCAGAACCGUCACCAGAACCUACAACGCAAGAAACCAAAAUGGAAAUAUUUGAAAACGAUAGAAAUAAGCGUGUAGCCAUGCACACACUCGAUGGGUUUGACUUCAAGAACCUAGGGAACGAUGUGACUGUUAAGACUAGUGUUUCGAAGUCUGUAUCUAGCUCUAAAGGUCGCAAGAAACGCGCAGCCCAAGAAAUAGAAAAGUCAAAUGUGGCAACAUCGACCACUAUUAUUGACAAUGAAACUGAAAAUUAUCCUAGUCCCAGACCGACUGAACCUACUUUACCGAACCGAAAGCCCAAGGCAUUUAAACCUAAGUCUAAAUUUGGUCCUAGACCUAUCAUUAGUCCUGUUAAAGUAGAAUCCUCUCCCACACCGGAACCGCAACCGGAACCUACUUCUGAACCUACACCGGAACCUCAACCCACAUCUGAACCCGAACCUUCCCCAGAACCUACUUCUGAACCUGAACCCAGUUCUGAACCUGAACCGAGUUCGGAACCAGAAUCAACAGCAGAACCAUCUUCUGAGCCUGUAUCAGAACCAGAACCUUCUUCUGAACCUAAGGCAAAGCUAGAACCAACCCCUGAACCUAAAUCUGAACGUGAACCUAAAUCGGAACCACUACCAGAACCGUCGUCUGAACCAGAACCUACUCCUGAACCUAAAUUAGAACCUGAACCAUCCCCAGAACCUAAAUCUGAACCUGUACCUGAACCAGAACCUAAGUCCGAACCUGAACCAACCCCAGAACCAAAAUCAGAACCAACCUCAGAACCUAUAUCUGAACCUACAUCAGAGCCUUCUCCUGAACCUAAAUCAGAACCUGAACCAGAACCUAAAUCUGAACCUACAUCAGAACCUUCCCCUGAACCUAAAUCCGAACCCGAACCCGAACCAGAACCUAAAUCAGAACCCGAACCAGAACCAGAACCUGAACCUAAAUCAGAACCUUCCCCCGAACCCAACGCAGAAGCGGACGCUGAGAAUUUGUUAGUGAAAGGCCUAUAUGAAGAAACAGGCUACUUCCCGGCUCACGAAUACGUGCCCAAAUUCGACUUCAACCCGAUGGACUGUACUGACAUCGUCAUUGGAACCGCUCGAGGCAACUACCACAGAGUGCUUGAUUAUUACACUAGAGAUAGGUCAACACCUCGGGUAGACACAUUCUGGGGCGGACAUGAUGAUAUCACGGCAUCCUCAGGUUUUGAAGAAAAUGGAGUCACUACUAUCAUGUUCAGGAAGAAAAUUAAGGCCAAAGAGCCAACAGACCACUCGCUGGUGGACGACGAUAUGCACGUGAUCUGGGCGCGCGGGCAGGAGGCGGGCGAGCUCCAGCAGUUCUACCGGCCCGACCAGCUCAAGUACCACGGCCACGGUGCCCAGAGGGGUCUGCUGGCUGUCAACUUCUUCGACGAAGUGAAAUCCCCAUCAUCCGGCGGUAUAACCGCUUUGGAAAACGACAAGUGCGGUGCUCAGUUCAAGCUGCCUGCAGAUUGUGACGUCACCAACAAGACCUGCGACUUCACUGCCUCCUGGGAGUACUUGGGGCAGAAGAGGGGCAAAGACUCCAUACGGUUCACGAUAACCACGAAGGAAACUAAAUACUGGACUGGGAUUGGUUUCAGUUUGGAUAGGAAGAUGCCGCAGAGCGACGCGGUGGUGGGGUGGGUGGACGCGCGCUCGGGCCGGCCCUUCCUCAUGGACGCGUGGCUGGGCGGCUACUCCGCGCCGCGCCUGGACGCGCGCCAGGACCUCGCGCGGGCCCGGGGGCAGCAGGCCGACGGGUACACCACGCUCAGCUUCGUGCGCCAGCGGGACACUGGUGAUGCGAAGGACCUGGCGUUUACAGAUGUCCAGUGCUUAUACAUAAUAUUCGUGACGAAGGGCGGCGGGUUCGAUCCCGUGAACAAGCGGAUGAGUAAGCACAUGAGUGUUCCUAUCAUCACCGAUGAGAAGAUCUGCAUCAAGCCAUGUGGACCUGAACCGGCAGAGGACGAGAGCACGCCGGAGCCGGAGCAGCCGGGGGCCCGCUCGUACUCGCUGUACGUGCGCAUCACGGGGCUGGCGGAGCGGUUCCGGCCGCCCGCGCGCGCCAGCGCGGAGUACGCCGCGCUGGUGCAGCAGCUGCUGGCCGGCCUGGCGCCCGAUCUGGCUGCCGUGCCGGGCUACCGGGACCUCAGCGUCAACGGGUUCAUGCAAAACGAAACGAAAGCAAUAAUAGCGGAUCUCACUCUGAAAUCGAUAGAGUCGAACCUCAUAGAGGGCUCCAGCGGGCGCGCUAUCGACGUCUCGCUCGCGCGCAACGAGAGCGAGCGGGACAGCGAUAUGGACAAGUGGGAGAGGGCCGUUAGGGACACGCUGGCCAAGGGCCGGGUGGGCAACCUGAACGUGGAUCCGGAGUUCUUGGUCUUCGCGCCUGAUAGCGUGCUGCUGCCCCCCGAGCAGGGCGCGCCCCCGCCGGUGUUCUGGUCGGGGCUGCGCCUGUGGGCGGCGGCGGCCUGCGCGGCUGCGCUCGCCCUGCUCAUAGCUGCGCAGGCUGCCUGCGGACUCAUCUCCGCUUCUCGCAAACCACAGGACCACCUAAUACCAUCCAAUGCUUGGAAUCUAACUUCCUCCAAUACCAACUACGCCUUCGAACCCUUCGAGAACGAGGACAAGUUCCCAACAAACCGUCCCAUUCGCCCCACUUCCCCCCCGCCCCCGGCCCCCGGGACCGGACGUCGGCCGAAGAGUGGGACAAAUGGGACAAACGGAACAAACGGAACGAGUGGGACGAACGGAACCAAUAGCACCAUGGUCCGCAGUGGUAACGGGACAUUGGGACGUGGGCCGAACGGGUACGAUGGGACAUUGGGGCGGGGGCCAAAUGGGUAUGAUGGGGUUCGAAACGGAAAUGGGUACAAUAAUGGGAAAAAGUUUUCGAAUAGUGCGGCGCAGUUCUAUCACGAUACGAGGUCGUUGCAGCGGCCUAGGAGUCAGUAUGGCUAUGCCCCC